AUGAAAGGAUUCCUCAGUGUGGCCUUCACGGCUUCAGUGAAAGUGGCAGUGGCCCGUCAGCUGGACCAGGCCAUUGUGUUCACUCAUGUGUCAGAAGCCAUCAAGUGCCCCAUCCGGAUACCCGGCCUUCUCUUCCUAGUGACAACUAAGAACUUUGGAGCGGUCUCAACCCCAGGCUUUUCUGGGCAAUCAAGUGCAACUAUGAUCAGGCAGAGAAGGCAAAAGCUCUUGCUGAGUCUAAAGUCGUUACUGUCAAAGACACUACAGCCUCUUUUUUCUCCAAUGAUUGGGGCAACUACUCAUCCUCUAAGCAACAACCUUGCAGAUGGGGAUAUCACAGCGCUCAGAACUCCAAAGCCUAUGAGGCCAAGAUCAACCAUCUCCAGGGCUUCUGGCCUUUUCACGCACAUUGUGCCAUCUAAAGAGCCGGGCAUCUGGAUCUUCAUUGUUUGGAAGAAAUUUGCCUAG